CCAGUCAGAAGCCAGCAUCCACAGAGCUGUUUGGACUGGGGUGGUAAGACCCAUUCCACAGGGACUCCUCGCUUUCUCUCCACUUUUUUUGACCUUUUUUCCUUGUCACUUUGACUUUCUCUUGCUCCCGGUAACUGUCCCUGGGUCUCCGAGGAUGACUUGCACUUGGCAUACCCCAAAUCCAGUGGGCAUUAAGCUAGUAACAUGGCAAUUUUAAAUUCUUUCAACAGGAGAAAAACAAACUGUUCAUCCACAGUCACCAGUGUCACAAUUGAUGGCAAGUAGACCACCAAGCAGGCUACAGAAAACAGAGAAUGCACCAACUUUGACAACAGAAGCCUUACAGCAAAAGCAAGCAGCAGCUGAAAAAGACAGGCAAAAGAAGCUAGACAAGAAAAUUGAGGCGUUAAAGUCUAAAAAGCAGUGCCUAAAAGAGCUUCCUACUCCAAGAGAGACAUACAAUGCAUGGCAGCGAAAAGCAGAUUUAAAGGGAAAGCGGCCUUCAUCAGAAAGGUUAAAAGAAAAAUCUCAAGCUGAAAUCAUUGCAAAACAAAGGCCCAGAGAAGAAAAGGCAAAAAUAUCGCACGACAAGGCUAAGCAGAUCCAGGAUGGUGAUGAUGCUGUUGACUUCGCCGUGGAUCAUGAUCAAGCACACAGUGCAGAUGAAGAAAGUAUGUAUUGUGUGAUUAAAAAAUGCAUUGGGCCUAGCUUUAACUCUGCGUUCAUUAUGUCGUGUUCUUGGACAAGAAACUGAAAUCUUACAGUUUUCCUCUCUACUUUGGGGUAUUGAAAGGGUGCUGGCAACAGCUCGGGCAACUUGACAAAAUGUUGCUUUUUUGGAGGGGUAGGUGUUAGCCUGACAUGGUCUACCAAUUUUCUUGUCCCUUUGUGAUACAGAAAUCAGAAGUAAAGCGUUGGCCUGUUGGUCCAGUCUGAUAAAGGUGUAACUUGUUAUAAACAUUUAAUUGAAAGUACUACUUUAUGGUGGUUUUUGCAUUAGGCUCGAUUUCCGCCGCGCUCUCGUGUCCGGUCUACGUUCCUCCCCGUAAAGAGACGGCUGGA